AAAAAUGAAAAAAAAAAGAAAGCCCGGGUCUCCCUCCCAUAUAUUUCAUCCAUAAUAUUUUUGCCCUGGUGGGUCUCUCUCUCAUUUAAUAAAUGUCUGGAACCUUGGGUUACUAAUUGGUGGAAUACCGGGAAAUCCGAAACUUUUUUGAAUGAUAUUCAAGAGAAAAAUGUUCUAGAAAGAUUCAUAGAAUUGGAAGAACUAUUCCUCUUGGAUGAAAUGAUAAAGGAGUACCCGGAGACGCAUAUACAAAAACUUCGUAUAGGAAUACACAAGGAAACGAUACAAUUGGUCAAAACACACAAUGAAUAUCAUCUCCAUAUCAUUUUGGAUUUCUCGACAAAUAUAAUUUGUUUCGCUAUUCUAAGUGGUUAUUUUAUUCUGGGUAAUGAAGAACUUGUCAUUCUUAAUUCUUGGAUUCAGGAAUUCCUCUAUAACUUAAGUGACACAAUAAAAGCUUUUUUGAUUCUUUUAGUUACUGAUUUAUGGAUCGGAUUUCAUUCGACCCAUGGUUGGGAACUAAUGAUUGGUUCGGUCUACAACGAUUUUGGAUUGGUUCAUAACGAUCAAAUUAUAUCUAGUCUUGUUUCCACUUUUCCAGUUAUUCUAGAUACAAUUGUGAAAUAUUGGAUCUUCUAUUAUUUAAAUCGUGUAUCUCCUUCACUUGUAGUGAUUUAUCAUUCAAUGAAUGAAUGA